AAAUCAAUGUCCUCGUCGACCACGGAACAAUGCCGAUACAAACACGGAGGUCUCGUCAAACAAUCCUUCAGCAUAACCACUACAAAUCACCAAAAGCUUCACCUGAUAUGCUAUUACACCAAGGCCGAUGUCGUCAAUGAUAAGCUACCGAUUCCAACCCACGACGAGAAAUUAAAGAUCAUCCACAUACCCAAAGGAAUGUACCCCGAGACUUCAAAUGUUGAUGGCGUACCUCAUGUUCACCAUUACGGUAGCGUCAUUCUGGUUUCGGUGACGCUUCCGCACCGUCUUUCCGCUGAGCCCAUGCAAUUCGAUUCAAAUUCAGCGUGUUCGACUCCAUCAAUCUCCUCAUCACCGUCAACGACCGAAGACGAUAUUCCCAAUUUCUUCGGUCGGUCAAACUACUUCCAACAUCACAAUGGCGGUAGCACGGCCUCUCUACCUGUCUAUCCACCUUCCAAUUACAUUCAACCGGUGUCGUCGUCGGAUGGUAACGGUUCCGGAUUUGGCAAUGGCACACAACCAAUUAACAUCCCAAAUGCCACCCCGAGGUUCACAUUCCCAGCCCUUCAGCAACAACCUCCUUUCCCUGCUUCAUAUCCCCCGCAGUCAUCGUCUCAAUCGAAUGGCGCUCAGCUGUUACCCCAGGACAUUCCCUGGGAGAAGAUCAAAAAUACCGAGGAUCAACGACAGUUGAAUGCGAUCCAUAUGACCUUGAAGCUCUAA